UUGAACAAAGUAAUAAAUAAAAGAAGUCGUUUCAACUACUUUUUUCUCGCUUCGAAGCUAGUCGAGCUUCCAGUUCAUAUUCAGUGUUCAAGAAUAAUCCAUAGACAUGCUCACAAAAGUGCUUCUCUUGGUGCUCUUAGGAUGCACGGUCGCACUCGGUGCAACGUACUACCCGUUCCCAGGUGAUUGCAGUCUGUUUCAAGAAUGCGACGAACAUCUCGGCGGCUGCGUUAUCAAAACAUGUGGGCCUGGAACAGAGUUCAACCCAGCAGUUGGUGUCUGCGACUGGCCCUUGGCUGAUCGCAGCAACUGUGGUAACCCCGAUAUUGACAUCCGACGAUCAGAAGAUGAAGUAGUUUAUCCUGAUUAUAAUGAUUACAACAAGAAAUAGACCACUUUAAAAAUAAUCAAGAUCAAGUACGAAUAAUUUGGCAAGAAGCAGUCCCAGGUAACUGUUCAAAAUAUAGAUACUGCUCGAGUAAAUACAAGUGUACGACUCUACUGUGUUCUCCCGGAACCUUCUGGCAAUCUUCGUCAAAAUCAUGUGAGGAUCCUAAACCUGGUCAGAAGGUGACUGAUUGCUGAAAAAUUGAGUUAUCAAAGAUAAAGCAUAAUUUUUAUAUAAGAUAUUAAGGAAUGCAAAAGUCAUAUACUAUCCUUUUUUCCGUAGUAGCUUACAUAGCAACAAGUGUAUAUCUCUAAAUUUCACAAAUAAAAAAUGAAAAUCUC